GUGGGGAUGUGAUCCUAGUAAAUUCCCAUGGACAUACACUUCAAAGGAGACGUGCUAUCUACUGGAAGGAAAGGUGAGAGUAUACCCUGAUGGGCAUGGUGAUGAGUUCGUGGAGAUUGGGGCGGGCGAUCUGGUGGAGUUUCCCAAAGGCAUGAAGUGUACCUGGGAUGUCUCGGUGGCUGUGGAUAAGCACUACAAUUUUGAAUAAAAAACUUGGAAUGAUAAGCUAGCAGCCUUUUUUGUGGACCCAGAUUGAUCUGUAUAUAAACUGGGAUGGGUAUCUCAAUGUUUUUGAGAUGCGUAUGGUUUGCAGACCCUGUUAACUGAUAUAAUUAAUAGUGAACAUGUAUGUAUAUAUAUACAUAUACCAGUGCAGUGAUGGUGUUAAAGAGACUAGUUCUCUGUCA